UCUGCUUCUGGGUCGUCCCAUCUUCUUUGCACACUACUGCUUCAGUGGUUUCGCCUUCCGUACCUUGUUCACUCCCUCCGCUUCUCUCUCUCGCUCGCUCGCGCGCGCACGCACGCUUUGCUUCUUUUGUUUUUUUGCGCCUCUCUGCUUUUUGCACUUCUCGCUUUACUUGACAUUCGCUAACAGUCGCACCCUUUGAACCACCAACCUUUAUCACACCAGAUUUUUCCUGGUGCCUUUUUUUUUUGGGUGUUUGGUCGAUUAGAUAUCUCUGCGUUUGAAGCUUCUCUUUAACGUGGUUCACUCCGACCUUUUUCUCUUUAUUCUCCUCCUCCUCGUGUCCGAGUCUCAGAGGAAUCUCUCCUUUUUUUUCGCACUCCCCUCCCUCUAUAUCACCAACCCCCCCUUUCUCUCCCUCGCUUCGCUUUCGAUGUUAACAAUAAGUCUGACCGAGAAGCUCCUGCAAUUUUGAACAGAGAAGAAAAAGAGAGAACCAUGGAAGCAACGACGUGUUUCGUGCCUCCUAUCAAGCUCACCGAGCACCGAGCCCGCGCGAGGCUCCUGAGACCCGAGCCUGCCGGCGACCCCAGUACCCGACCCAGAGUCGUCCGGAUAUCGUACACGGAUGGGGACGCCACCGACUCUUCCAGCGACGAAGAGGACGACCCGUUCGAAUGUCGUCGCCGGAGAGUGAAAAGAUUCGUCCACGAGAUUGCCAUCGACCCGUCGUGCUCGAGAGAGGGCCGCGAGGUCGUCAAGAGCCGGUCAGCGAGGGGCAAGUUGUGCAGGAAGUCAACGGGGAAGCCGGCGCUACAGGUGGGCCGCCGCGAGAUGAAGCCGCCGGGGACGGGGAGGAAGUUCCGGGGCGUGAGGCAGAGGCCCUGGGGGAAAUGGGCGGCCGAGAUAAGGGACCCGCUGCGACGCGUGCGGCUCUGGCUGGGCACCUACGACACGGCGGAGGAGGCCGCGUUGGUCUACGACCACGCCGCGAUCCAGCUGCGCGGGCCCGACGCGCUCACCAACUUCGCCACCCCUCCGCCGUUGCAGUUGGCCGCGAUGUCCCCCCCGACGCCGCCGGCGAAGGGCUCCGGCGAGGCCCGCUCGCCGACGUCGGUCCUCCGGUGCCUCCCCGACGACGCCGAAGACUCGCAGGGGAGCGCCGGCGACGCCGCGAAAGAGGAGGCGCGCGGCGACGAGUCGUGCGCGUCGGCGGAGAACCUGUCGGAGCACUCCACGACGAGCUUCGAGAGCUUGUUCCCGGACGAUUUCUUUGACUUCCGGAGCUCGGCCCCGAGUCUGUUCGACGAGUACGCGAGCUUCGGCGACAGCAUGUUCAAGGACGAAGCGGGCGACUUCAGCAGCAACCCCUUCAUGAACCCGGGCGACGACUUCGGGUUCGGAUUCUGGCCCGGGUUCGGGUCCUCCCGCUGGAGCGCCGACGACGAUCACUUCCAAGACAUCGGGGACCUGUUCGGCUCCGACCCUCAGUUAGCAAUGUGAAUUUUCCCCUUUUUCCCCCUUGUGCUUUCUAGAUCGAGUUCCGUGGUGUAGUCUAGGUCGUGCCGGUCACCGGCCGGCGACAGUUUUGUACCGGCGACGUUCCCGUUUUGCUCUUUGUUUCUUCUCGCGUCCAGUUGUAAUCUCCAGUCCGUGUCAAUAAGUCAUUAGCGACGACGAAAUCUCCGCCGCCGUCAAGGUAACGGUGGGUGACGGACGAGUUUUUGCUA